UUGGAGAUGCGCGUUUAUUGUAAUCAACGUAUAGGGAGCAGUUUCCUCACAUUUCGUCACGACAAACGACCUUGUUUUUUCUUUACAAUUUAAACGCAAACGAAAACGAUUGAUCGUUUACGAAGAAAAUCAAUGUAGAUUCGCCCAUCUGGUCCGCUCGUAUAGCCGUGAAUUAGUUGGAGACUUCGAGAAAUAAGAAACGAAAACGAGACACAUAAAUUGAAAAAAAUAUGUUUUCAGAGAGCUGUGCAUUAAACAAAAAACUCAAUAAUAACUUUAUACUUUAUUGUACUUUACACGCAGUUUUGAAGGAAAGUGAUGUUACAAAUGAUGGCCAUGAAGUGAUUGAUCCGAAUGGCCAUAAAUUUAUUAAAAAAUAUUUAAAUAAAAUUCUAAUUGUUUAUUGAACUUGAACGAUUUUUCUUUUCCACCUUUUGUGAAUUGGUGCGUUAUCAGUUUGAACAAGUGGUAAAGUGUCAAUGAUGUAGAUUAUUUGACGUGCCGCAUCGAACGUUUCGCGUGUUUACAUCAAAGUUCACAUUCGCAUAUACACAAAUAUAUAUUUCUAGGUAUAUAAGCGUGUAUACUUGAGUAUAUACAGGUAUAUAAAUAUCGAGGGGGUUGAAAAAAGUAUGAAUUGGUGGGUAUUUGUACUAGUGGUGGAUACGAGCUCGAAAUACCCCGGACGUACUGGAUCACUGCUCGCAUUGCGCGCCGAAGCAUGAAGGAGAACGAAAACUUCACGUAACGAUGCAGAGAGCGGUGCUACUAAUCUGCUGGCUGCCGCUCCUCAACCAUUGCAAUGCCGUUAAUCCAGGUUGCUCGUGCGUCGUGUACAGCAGCGCUUACAGCCCUCAAGGGGGUACAUUUAUGUCGCCCGAUUAUCCCAAGAGAUAUCCUGGCAAUAUAGACUGCCUUCUUUACACCUUCACCGGCUAUCCCGACGAAAUAGUCCAGAUAACUUUUCAUCAAUUCAACGUUCGCCGGGUCAGCAACGACUGUUCGAGGGGAGAUUAUUUGAAGGUAUUCCUUCAUCUUGAAAACCGGGGCGUAUCCGAGUAUACACCAUGGUCAGGAUUGCUGUGUGGAAAUAUUAGCGAUAUUCCGCAAGUGCUGUACAGCUCGAGAUCGAGUCUCGUUCUUGAGUUCCACACCGACAGAUCGACCAGCAAUGCUACUGGUUUCACCGGUAGUUUUCGAUACAUCGACAGACGAAUGUUCGUUACGGAUGGUCAACUCGUACCUGGGACUAUGUGUGAUCAUCAAUUCAUCAGUUCGCAAGCAACUCCACAGUACGGUCGCUUCUACUCGCCCGAAUAUCCAUCAUCAUAUCCGAAAAACGUCAGAUGCUCAUAUUACUUUCGAGCAAGAACAAAGGAACGAAUUCGUGUCGUGUUCGAGAAGAUAUCGUUACAGAAGGGUGAUCUCAGUUGCAUAAAUAGAGCAGACUUGAUCAGGGUACAUGAUGGAAGAAAUUCAGACAGUCCGACAAUCGCCCUUCUCUGCAAUCAAGCUGCCGGCGUCGAAGUGCUCAGUACAGGACCAGAUUUGUUCGUCGAAUUUGUUGCUAACUCUGAGUGGCCAGACCAGGGCUUCAGGGCAAUGUUCCAGUUUCAACCACUGGACGAUACGCCACAUUCAGAGCUAGACAAGGUCGUCCCUGGGGCUGUUACGGGUAACCCCAAGUACUCGGUCAUCGGGCCGGCUGUCAGCGCAACGACCUCAUCUUGCGACAUGGUUUUCAACAGUGACUCUACGAAAACCGGUGUUGUGACGUCACCAGGCUAUCCAAAUCCUUAUCCAUCUCGAGCAACGUGUAGAUACGACUUUCAGGGACGAGGCAAGGAGAGAGUGCAGGUCGUCUUUCAGGAUUUCAAUCUGGUUCAUCCACUGGAAGUACCAAAAGAGUGCGAGGGGAUUGACUCUCUCGUUGCGUUCGUGCCGAUUGAUGGAAAAAUGGAAAAGAUCGACGCUUUCUGUGGUAAUGCACCGCCACGGCCCCUAAUGAGCAACGGAGCGAGACUUUUGCUGGAAUUUCGCGGUGUUCAGUCGUCCCGUUACGCCAAGGGCUUCAAGGCGACUUAUUCAUUCACGGAAAACUUUGGAAUAACGACCGGAAGACAAGAGGCUGAUUAUCCCUGCGCUUUCGUAUUCAAUAGUAACGAGACUAAAAACGGAACGUUCGCAUCUCCAAACUAUCCUGGCUUCUAUCCACGUGACACCGAAUGUCACUAUUUCUUUAAUGGUCAGCCGACCGAGCGGGUUCACUUACAUUUCCAUUAUUUUGAUGUGGAGGGUGUUUUACCAUGCGAGGCCGUUUCGGCGAGCGACUAUGUUGAAUUUUCGAACUACAUGAGCAGAGAUCGCAAACACUCGCGUCACUGUGGUCAACUCAAGGAGUUCGAUGUUGAAAGUGAUAGAAAAUUUUUUCGCGUGACCUUCAAGAGCAACGAUAGACUGGACGGCACGGGAUUCAAUGCAAGUUACGUAUUCUACGACGAAGAAGACAAUUUCACGAUGAAAACUCCUGUGAAUUCGACGAAUACCGUUUAUGAGAGAAGCUUCCCGCUGCUUAUCGCGUGCUGGCUCCUCCUGUACGUCGGGAGUCGAAUAAACCAUGCGUCUGUUCAUAGAAAAGGAAUAAUUGGGCGUAACUAAAUCGUGCCGCUUGGCAAGCACACAAGUACAAUAUUAGGCACACCCUCCCUUGAGCCUGAAUUCAGCAUUUUUCAGAAGAGCGAGGAUCAUCACGAAACUUGGUGGUGUUGCUUCUCACCCGUUUACUCGACCCUUCAAAAUCUCGAGGAUGAUCAAGCACGCUCAUCAACGCACACGCACCUCGCGUGCUAUUCCAUCUUAUCAAUCGACAAACAGGUGAAAUGAAGAGAAAAGUGACAAAGGGAGAAACGGAUAUGGGAAGAGAGAAGGCGAAUGAAAGAGGGAGCAAGAGAAACAGAAAGAGCGAAGGAGAAUAAACUCCACUAAACAUGAAAUGCAAUUCGUUAGAAAAUGAGCAUGAUCCAUGAAAGUAGAAAUCAUCAUGGUGGCGCUCAUUAUUUAAUCUCCCUAAUAGCGUUGAACGUCCAGAAAAUUUUCUCGUACGAGGUUUUCCGACGUUCAAGCUCCAUUCAAACACUAAUCCAUUCACAGAAAUGGGACUCUCAAACGAAUACUUAAUUUCUUUCAUUACUUCUCGAUUAAAUAGCGAUUUUGUGUGAAUAAUAUUCAUUUUCCAGGAUUUCAAUUGAGGUACUAAUUCAAGUAUUAUUCCAUCAUGAAUCGGUAAUAAUUGUCAGAACUAAAGUUUAACGUUGCCAACGACCACUGACCUCAUCAACAUCCACAGUGUAGAAUCCAUCUAUAGAUUCUGCAGGCGGACUCUGCCUAUUGAAAAAAAGGUCUUACAAAUUUCAUGGUUACUCGAGUACCGUUCGAAUAUAUCGUUGAUUUUAAUAGGCAAACUCAUGAUCCGAUUACAGGGAAAAACUCUGGUUUCAUCUUCUUCGGAAGUGAAAAAGUUGAACAAUUAUGGAUAAGGAUGACAUGGAGAUUCGCAAUUUUUCCUUAACGAGAUUUCAUCUUCAACAAGAUUGAAGAUUUUUAUCGUGAUUUUCUAUUGGCUCUAACCAAACUGACAAUGAACUUCAUCAAAGCUAUUUGACUUUUAUUUCUUUUUAAUUGCGUGUCUGUAGAAUUUAAGAAAAGGUUUUAUAAGGAAUUACCCGAAGAAAAUAAUCGUUCGGUGAAGAAAAUUUCAUUAAGUCAAACAAGGAAAGGGAUCCAACAAUUUUUUUCGAUCAAUAGAUUGAAUCAAUCGGCGUUCAACAAACAAAUAGUCGAUCUAGCAUAGCCUUUCCACUCGAUGAGAUUUCGUUCUGUAGACUAUUUCUUUUAUUUCCACCGAGCCUGACGAACACUUAGGAAAUUAUAAAGUUCACUAUUUCAAACAAUUUAACUCUAAUCCAAACGAUUGCAUUGGAUUUUUUUUAUCUAAGUGAAGAACCCAUUACUUUGAAAUAAAAGAAACAUCAAAGAAGUUCAUUUACAAAAUAAAUAGAGAAGAUGCCAGUUACAUUAUGAGCGAAAUGUUUCGUGAAUUAUUAAACUCUUUCUACAAUCACAAGAAAUUACCUCGUAGAUUCAAAGCAUGCAGUGUUUCAAAAUAGUUUUUCCAUUAAGGAUAGAGAGUGGAAAAUAUCGGUGAGCUAUAUACAAGGGAUUCCAACAAGGCGUUGACUUUAUCAGUGAACUUUUCAACUUUUUGGUAUUUGAAAAAAAAAAACAAAUAAUCGUGGGAAAACUAAAGAACGAUAGUCCACAAUGAAAUGUUUGUUUUUUCAAUUGAGUUUAAAAUUUGAAAAUUCCUCGAUGCAAUCCAAUAGAAUCAAGGUCAUUUACCGAAACAGCAAGAAGUUUCCGGGACUCUUGUUUCACUGAAUAAAACCGUCACGUAGGUCAAUACAAAAUAAUGGACUCCUCGAAGUCCUUGCACAGAAGAAUAAGCGCGAGCAUCAUAGGUCCAAUUUCUUUGUCCACUCACGACUCAGAUUGAGCCCGAAAACUCACAAUUUCCAACUGACGGAGAUGACAGUGAGACCGACAAGUCUGUGGGUGCACAACGUCGUUGGAGAACGUCAAGAGGAUAAUGGAGAGAGAAAAAAAAAUGCGAGAGCUCAACGAAAAGAAUGAACUUUGUAUUCUGCGGAGCAAUAUAAUCCGAGUACAAAUUGCUUGGAAUAUUGCCAGUUUUCUUUUCCUGGAUGAGCAAGAGCGCUACUCCACGGCGUUUUGAUGAACUAAACGGAUCACGGUCUUUGCUACAUCCAUAUAAAUAUAGACAUAUACGGAUAUGUAUAUAGAAUAUAUAUACGGACAGUAAAUGUAUAUAAGAACUUGAAAUAGUUCGAUGGGCUAAUUGCAGAGGUGUUCAGCGUAAAAGUACUCCAGACAGUCAGUCCGCGGAAGUUCCAGAGCUCUUAAUGAGUUGAAAAGAGAAUAUAUACGAAGAAAAAAAAAAUCAUUUCUUUUUUCUUUUUUCUUUUUAUUGACUCUCAGCAUUUGGACCAGUUCUCGGUCUCUAAUCGCGAAUGAAAUGAAAGUUGUAUAAUGCAAAUAUAUAGAUAUGUGAUAUUUCUUACAUGAAGAAUUUCACGUGAAACUUUUAUUCCCCGUGCGAGCCUAACCAGUUCCGCCGAUUUCAAUUAGUCGAAAGUUUUCGUGUUAUCCGAUGGAAGAAUCCAGCAAAUGUGUAUUCAAGUUUUUUCUUCGGUUGAGCCAUUUUUCGAUUACAUCCGCAACCGAAGAUUCGAAAUCUUCAAUUUCUCCAAUUAAAAACUGCUAUAACCCGAUAACUGCUUCAAUUUUAUUGCUACAAAAAUGCGCCUAAGAUUUUCACUAGUUUUUAACUUGCUCUUCAAUCAAAUAGCAAGUGGUUGAAAACAAAUUUCUCAUACUUUUACCCGAGGCCAGCAACAUUCGUACGAGAUAAAAAUUUUACGUGAAGUGAGUCAUGGACAAAGAAAACAUCCUAUGAAAACGUAACUGGUACUCUACUCACUCUGUCUCUUGCUCCACCUUUUUCUUUAUCACUAUCUCCCUACGAAACAACAAUCCUUUACAUCGAAUAUUAUAAAAAUCGAAAUAUAUAAUUCGAGAUAAUAAAGUGUUAUGGGAAAAAUAAAGAUCGUAAGAAGAAAUAAAAGGAAGAUACAAAAAUUGAUGAAUUCAUAUAACGCGAAAAAACCAAUGAUUCGUGCGAACUUGAUAUCAAACGACGUAACAUUGUAUAGAAAACGUACCUAUACUGUUAGAUAGCAAUACUAUCGUUGUCUAUGUUAGACCAUUGUGAAUAUUUUUUAAUAGAUUUAUAUUUAACAGGUUGACGGACGUUCGUUAGCCUCCUCUCAAAUCUUCUGUAAAAGAAGUCGAGCGCGUUGAUUAUUGAACGGUACGAGAAUAUACGCGAACAUGUGUUUGUGCGUCUGUGAGAAAAAGAGAGAGAGAGAGAGAGAGAGUAACGAAUUAAUGCUAAUGAGAAAAUGAGUUGUAAUUAAUCUAAUGAGACAUUGACGAACGAGUGACAAAAAUCAUGAUAGUUACAUGUAUAAAUGCCAAUUAGACCUAACGAUCGAAUCAAUAGAGGGGAGGCAUCAUUCGAAUAAAUUCGUCAUCGUCAUUCGUCGAAUGAAUCAAUAAUUAGAGGUCUUUCUAACGAAAAAUCACGUUUCGUUUAUUGUUCCUUGUUAUUAUUCUAUUCGCGUAAUGCCUAGAAAAAACUUAGCAGUUUCAUUCUAAUUCGCACCUCUGAAUUGACAACCGCGAAUGAGAGUUGACGUUCUUGUUACUGCAACUAUUUAGUAAGUUUAUUUUUCUGUGCAUUUUGCAUUCUUUUUUUUUAAUCCGAAUGAAGCCGACGUGUGAGUGAAAAAAAAAACACAAACUUUCUGUCUGCUCAUCACGAAAACAAACGAGGAAACAAAGUUAUUUUUAAGGGUUUGUUGAAAUCUGAUGAACACGAGCAAAACUCGUAUGGAUCGAAUAGUAGUCGACUCGCAUUGGUUGCUAAAAUAUUGAUCUACGAAAUAUUAGCAUCUGUGCUGGAAGCAUGCAAGUUUCAUCAUUAUCUUAUGCUCUUUAUUCUUUUCGUUACCAGCGUAGUGGAUUUGCCCUAGUCGAGAAUGUCAGACGAGAUGCGAGUGAAUGUAAAAAAAAAAAAAAAAAUAUAAAAAACAUUUGAACGAAAAAGACUCAAAUUACGGAUCGUAAUACCAGUGCACGUCCAAAGCCCUCGUGCAUAACACGUACACAUUGUAAAUAUCUUGAAUUCACCAGAACCAGAGAAAAACCACGAAAGAGAAACAUUGACAGAUUCAGUUCUGCUCCGGAGAAUCAGAAUCGCCAGUUUUCUCACGCUUAGAACGAUUUGUAUGAUGAAAAAAGAAACAUGUAAAAAAAUCUAACGAUCGUUGAAGAACGACUAGCAAAAAUCGGAGUUGAAAAAAUUUUAAAGGAGGAUAAACGGUCAUUUGGGCUGCGACAACACAAAGGGUGAACACUAGAACUAAUAAUAUUUAUAAUAUAAUAACGAUAAUAUUAACAAUACGUACAUAAAUAAUAAUAACGAUUCCCAAAUCAUUGUCAUCGCCCCGAAUAGUGAUUUCCUGUGACAUCGCCGGGGCCGACAGGAUACGAAAAAAUCGAACUUUUCCUGUUCGAAAAAAAAGCAUGGAAAAAUACGUGCUUAGGAGAUAUGAAAAAUGAAGAGCGACUUGAUAACCGACGGCGCUGAAUCCGCUUCUCAAACGGAUUACGUAUUUUCUUAUUCUGUUUAUUUCGCGGGCUCUUGCUCGUUGCAUCCCCAUACUUUAUUCAUUUCGGAAUAAAAAAAAAAAAAAAAAGAAAAAAAAGAAAUAAAUCAACCAAAAUGACAACAAAUUUAUGUAAUAAACAAUCACCGUUGCUGUACCAAUAAACUGAAUGAACGAACUGAGAAAAAAACCA